GAAAAUGGGAAAGCCAUGGCCCCCAAGGUCCCAACAAGAAGGGGAACCAUGGGGGAGGUGGAUCGUUCAGGGCACCGGCAGCACCAUCCAAGGGAAACCCGGCCACGAGCGGGCACUACUCGGGCUCACAAGCCCCAACGACGCCCAGAUGCAGGAAUUGCAACAGGAACCACACCGGUAAGUGUCGUGAUCCACCACGGUGCUAUCAAUGCAGGAGUACAGGGCAUAUUAAGCCAAACUGCCCUCAACUUGGUGGGAACCGGGGGGUCAGGACCAAGCGGCGCUACCACGGCAAGUAGGAACCGGGCCGGAGCAUCUCAUGCCAGUGUGGGCCAGGGGGGACCGAGCACGAGCAAUGCGCCGUCCGUGAAUCAAGGAAGAACUCAAGCUAGAGUUUAUGCGAUGACGAAGGCGGACGCACGUGCUAACCUGGACUCCGUGGCGGGUGUUCCAGUAAGUAUGAUGAACGUCAAAGGCCUCGCCCGAUUCAAGAACAAACCGGCCAAGGAUCCGAAGGGGCCGGACGCUGGUGGCCAAAAGCCCGUCGGUGCGCCCCCCAAAAAGCCCGAGGGUGAUGCUGCUGCGGCUAAGAGAAAGCCGUCGGCAAAGGAGCCCCCCCCCCCCCCCCCAAGCCCCCAAAAAGUUAAAGAAGGGGGAUGCCGCGAAGGAUGACCCCCCGGUGGUGAUUGUGGAUGACCCUCUGGAGAUGCCGAUGGCGCAGGCGCCGAGGGGGGUCCGGGAGCCAUCUCUCGAGGUCCUCACGCCCUCCCUUCCGGCUGGCACGGCCGUGUUGAAUGGCACAGCUGACCCGAGGGCGCUCCUGAGAGGUAUAACCCUCGAUAUCGACAGGGCAGCCCUCGGGGCCGAUGAUGAUCAAGCCCUUGAAGACAGGAUCCUCCGGUCUUCCCUCACGGUGAGUUCACUGUAGUUUGUCUUUCUGAUUUCCACUUUGAACUAAGAAAUCACGUUCGGCCCUGACAACCCGCUUAUCUUUGCAGACUUGCGUUGCCCUCGGGGAGCAAUUCCGACGGCUGGAGGAAUGGCGCCUCCACAAAGCUGGGCAAGACGCCAAGAUGAAGGAGCUGAUCCUUAGGGACUCCCAGGCCACGAAGCUGAUGGCCCAGCUUGAGGAGGACCUCCGGCUUGUGAGGGCGGAGGCCGGGAGGCUCCGGGAGGAGAAGGCAGAAGCUGAGGCGGCCGCUGCGGAGGCCGCAAGGAGAGCAGCCGAGGAGGCCGAGGCCAUCAAGGAGAAGGCUGUCGCCACAGCCCGGGAGGAGGCCAUCUCCGGGUUCCUUGACGGGGGGUGGAAGACCGAGGGGCACAAGGCAUGGCUGUCUUCGGUUGUUGAGGCCUCGGUUGAUGAAUGGUCCGAGGGCCCGGGGGAGGAGUGGAUGGCCCGGAAGGGUAAGCAGUAUUAUGAUGGGGGUGAGUUCUUCACUCAAGCCCUCAUCUACCGGAGGAUGGCCCGCCAUCUGAAGGUUGAGCCGAAGGACUUUGAUCCGGCAGCGUACGGGCUCCCCCCUGCAGCCAGAUAUCCGUGUUCCUCUCCCCCCUGAUGUCGAGAGGCCCGACCUGGAGGAUUCCGAGCUCCGAAGGGAAGUCGAGGGCGAUGAUCCUGAGGCCGAUGUAGAAGUUACCUCGAAGCCAUCGGGGGAGGCGGCCCCCGGGAAUGACAUCAUUUGAUAUGUACUCUGUAAUCUGAACAAUUUUGUAAUAGCCUCGGCCUAACAUUGUAAUGACUAUAUUUACUCCUCGUUGUUGUAAUUGAAUGAUUGCCUUCGGGCUUUGUAUAUAUGAAUUGUUUUCUCCAAUUCCUUUCUUCUUGAAUGUAUGCCUUCGUUUUCCUU